ACACGACCAAGCCAUGGCCAAGACGGACGCAAAAGAGGUCAAGCCGCGGAAGCGCUCCAAGAAGAUUGCGACGACGGUGACCAAGGACGCACCCCAGGACGGCGCUGCCAAGAAGCGCACGCCGGUCAAGGGCCCAGCCAAGGUGGCCAAGCCGAGCCCGGCCAAGGCGCCGAUCGAGACCAUUGUCAUCGACGGUGACGAGUCCGAGACCCACAAGGACGACGCCGACGCCGAGGCCAAGCCGGCCUUGACGAUCGAGCCAGUGGGGGCCACAACGACGAGCGCGCCGGAUUUCCUAUCGCCGGUAAGCAAGCUGCAGCGCGCGCAGGAGAUUGCUGCGAAGGAUCAAGAGGCGCGCCUCGAAGCGGCCGAAGCCAAACGUCUUGCCGACUCUCGCCAGCGUGGCGCCAAGCGCAAGGAUAUGGCCUCGGACGCCGAUGCGCCGGCCCACGCCAAGGUUGCCAAGACAGGCGCGCUCGAGACCGACGUCGAAACGACGACGACGACGACGAUUAGCCAGCAGACGACCAUCAAGGCUGCGACACACGCGGUCACGCGGUCCAAGAUCGUCUCGGAAAAGAAGGCCAAGAUCGUCAAAACCCCCGACGAGUCCGCGACCCAGUACGCAUUGCGCGCCGCCAAUAUCAACAAGGAAGAGCGCAAGAAGCUCGCCGCAGCCAAAGCUGCGAUCGCUGAAGCCGGUCCUGAAGAAGCCGUAGCGGCAGAAACGAACGAGCACACGACGACCGAGGCGACGCCAGUCGUUGCCACGAGCCCGGAAGAUGUGUACGAGACGCCCGAAUUUGUGGCCCGCAGCACCGAAGACCACUUCCGCAGCGUCUCGUCAUCGACGACAACGACGACCUUUCCUGAUGUCAUGCACGUUGAAGAGCCCGUCGACGACGCCACGUCCAACGCUGCGCCGUCGACCGCGCUCGUCCGAUCUCUGCCUGGCCCGAAGCGCUCGUCGACCGCGCGCGUCAUCGCUUACGCCGGCGUCAUUGCCGCUGCGGUCGGCGCCGUCGUUCUCGGCGCGACCUCGGCCUACGUAGAGCAGCUGCCGCACUGCGACGCCAAUGCUACGGCUGCGGACCUCCACUGCCGGCCCUGUCCACCGCAUGGAGUGUGUCGUGACGGCGCCUUGGUCGACUGCGAUCCGUCGUUCAUUGCGCUCCGCGGCGAGUGCCAUGAAGCCAUGGGCCUCACCCGCGACUCGAGCCUGAUGGCGUCGAUGCUGACCGAGAUCUGGCGCAGCGAGGCCACGUCCGUGUACUGCGAGGCGCCGCUGGCCACCCGGCUCCAAGCGCUGGACCCUCUCAGCGUGGUGCAGGACCUGGGCCACCCGUCGUCGGUGCCGCUCUCGACCGAAGCCCUGCGUCAACAGCUCCGCGCCGACCCUGCGUGGAAGGACAUUGGGCCCAAGACGUUCGGUAUCGCGUUUACAAAGGCGCUGACGCGCCUCGGCAAGAAGAGUGACGCAACGUUCGUCGACUUGACCAUCGAUGACGCGUCGCCAUUGUGCCGCGCCACCACGUUUGUGUUGGAGUACUUUACGUCGGUCGUCCUCGCGGUGGUGCUCGUGGUGCUGGCGAUCUUUGUGGUUGUCGACAACCAGACGUUUACCCGCGACCAAGAACUGUUGGCACGCAUGCUGGUCGUCGUCGAAGACGAGCUGAUGACGCAUGCCGCGUCGCGCGUCGACGAGACCGAGGAUGCGGGCUACCCGAUCCAGUACCUCCGCGACCACGUCAUCGACAUCCUCCAGCUCACGCGCGACGAAAAGUACCGCGUCGUCUCAAGCGUGUGGGAUCAGCUCGGCGCCGCCGUGCGCACGGACCCGCGCAUCGUCGAGCGCACGAUCACGCGCGCUGCGAACGGCGCUUCGGUCGUCAUAUGGGAGUGGGUCGGUGGGGCCAAGGACUUUGAUGCGUCCGGCCCGUCGUUCACGCCGUACGACCAUGCGACACCGGCGGCAUCUGUGCAGUCGGCGUGAUCGUGCAAAGCAUGUAGGUUGAGAAUACGGUGUAUAUAAGGUAGUUGAAAGAAAUAGCAUGUUCACGUCGUCUUGCGAUUGAAUACUGCACGGGCCGCGGGGGCGGAC